AAGUAGGGCGGCAUUUUAUUCACUGAUAAGCGUUAUCGAUCCUGAUCAGCUCCAAAAUUUUGUGAAGACUCGUUCAACUUAAGAAAAAAAUUAAAGAAACAAUACACCGGAUACAAUACCGGCGUUAUCUUCCCAUUCGUUCACUAUUUGUUUCUAUUUCUCCUUUUUAACUGUUUAUCCUUACGUUUUUCUUAUACCCUCUUUAAGAUGAGGGUCCAGAGAGCCGCGGCCGUCCUUGGUGACAGUCGGAUUUUAGGGUCAAGAUGCAGCAUUAGAUAUCUCAACAUGGGUGCUAGAAUAUCUGGUUCUCAGUCGCCUACGCAGAUGAUCGCCCCAUUGCGUGUUGAUGGAAGGAGAUAUUUCAACUUGACGAAACCGAGAUAUGCUGCUGCAAAUGCUGCUGCCAGUGCUGCACUGAAGCGAGCUGCCGAAGAAGCCUCCAACCUUACACCCGAAGCCGUAUAUGCGAAGAUGAGCCCAGAGGAGAAACAUCGACUCUCAAGAGUUCGCAACAUCGGUAUUGCCGCACAUAUUGAUAGCGGGAAAACAACCUGUACCGAACGAGUUUUAUUCUAUACCGGCCGAAUUAAGGCGAUUCACGAAGUGAGAGGAAAAGAUGGUGCGGGCGCAAAGAUGGACUCCAUGGACCUCGAGCGAGAAAAGGGAAUUACCAUUCAGUCCGCUGCUACGUUUUGCGAUUGGAAGAAAGUAGAGGACGGCAAAGAAGAGACAUACCAUAUCAACUUGAUCGAUACGCCCGGUCACAUUGAUUUUACUAUUGAGGUCGAACGUGCGCUGAGAGUUCUGGAUGGUGCCGUCAUGAUUCUUUGCGCCGUUAGCGGCGUCCAAUCCCAAACAAUUACCGUCGAUCGACAGAUGAAGCGAUACAAUAUUCCCCGAAUCAGUUUCGUCAACAAGAUGGAUCGAAUGGGUGCCAAUCCCUUCAAAGCGGUCGAACAGAUCAACUCCAAAUUAAAGAUCCCCGCGGCAGCUAUACAAAUACCAAUUGGUGUUGAGGAUCAAUUCAAGGGUGUUGUUGAUCUAAUAGAAAUGAAAGCUAUUUACAGCGAAGGUCCCAAGGGAACAAUUGUUCGAGUUGGCCCCGUACCCGAGGACCUGAAAGAACUCGCGGAACAAAAACGACAGGAAUUGAUCGAGAAGCUCGCUGAUGUGGAUGACGAGAUUGCCGAGAUUUUCUUAGAAGAGGGUACACCAACCAACCUACAAAUUCAAAACGCUAUCCGAAGGUCAACUGUCGCUUUGAAGUUCACACCCGUCAUGAUGGGAUCUGCAUUGGCCGACAAGUCUAUUCAGCCCUUGCUAGAUGCCGUCUGUGAUUACCUACCAAACCCUGCCGAUGUUGAGAAUGUGGCUUUGGACCGUACCAAGGGCGAAGCUGAAACUAAGCUGGUUCCCUACAAUUCACUACCCUUCGUCGGGUUAGCUUUCAAGCUGGAAGAGAACAACUACGGUCAACUUACCUACAUCCGAGUUUACCAAGGCGCAUUAAAGAAGGGUUCCUAUCUAUUUAACUCAAGAACUGACAAGAAGGUACGAAUUCCUCGUAUCGUGCGAAUGCACUCCAAUGAGUUGGAAGACGUCAGCGAAAUCGGUGCUGGUGAGAUUUGCGCCGUGUUUGGUGUUGAAUGCGCUUCCGGCGACACAUUCACCGACGGAAACUUGCCCUACACCAUGUCUUCCAUGUUCGUACCUGAUGCGGUCAUGUCGCUUUCCAUCAAGCCUAAGAAGAGCACGGAUGCGGACAACUUCAGUAAAGCCAUGAACCGAUUCCAGCGUGAAGACCCUACUUUCAGAUUAUACGUCGACGAUGAAAGCGAAGAGACGAUUAUUUCGGGUAUGGGUGAAUUGCAUUUGGAAAUUUACAUCGAGCGUCUGCGGCGUGAGUACAAGGUUGACUGUACUACUGGUCAACCCCGAGUCGCAUACCGUGAGACUAUUAGCCAGAAGGCCGAAUUCGACUACCUAUUAAGGAGACAGACUGGUGGACCUGGUGACUACGCCCGUGUCGUUGGUUACAUCGAACCGAAUCCAGACCCGGAGUCAAACAGCUUCGAAAACCAAGUUGUUGGUGGUUCUAUUCCGGACAAGUUCAUUUCGGCUUGUGGUAAGGGUUUCGAACUCGCGUGUGAGAAGGGUCCUUUACUAGGCCACAAGGUUAUCGGAGCUCGUAUGAUUGUCAACGACGGUGCGACGCACGUUACGGAUUCUUCCGAUUACGCUUUCAGUUUGGCAGCCCAAAUGGCGUUCCGCAAGGUAUUCCCUGAAGCUGGUGGCCAGGUACUAGAACCGCUGAUGAAGACGACUAUUAUGGCACCCAACGAGUUCCAGGGUAAUAUUCUUAUGUUGAUGAACAAGCGUAAUGCUACUAUAAUCGACACGGAUAUUGGCGCUGAGGACUUCAACUUGAUUGCGGAUUGCAGUUUGAAUGCUAUGUUCGGAUUUAGUACGCAGUUGAGAGCGGCUACUCAAGGAAAGGGAGAGUUUAGCAUGGAGUUCUCGCAUUAUGCCCCUGCGCCGCCGCAUCUACAGAAAGAAUUAGUUGCCAAAUACGAGAAGGAGCUCGAGGCCAAGAGAACCAAGUAAAAUCUCUAAUCUCUUCCAAUGGUCCAAAUAGACGGGCGUUCCAAGACCGGUUCUUUCGAUUAUUUUGCAAAAUAGACGAGCGAAUACUGCUGGCAUCAUGCUAGUAUUACGAGAGUGCCGGCGUCCAUCGACAAUUUCAUAGAUGUGUCUAUGCUACGGAAUGAUAUUUAAGUCGAUAAUGGGAUGUACAGUAUAUAAUGAUGACAUAUCACGAUAUGCCGGUAGAGGCUGUAUAUAGAAUAUCGAUAUGUGACAUCUGAGCUGGGAGGUAUCAUACCUUCCGGAACGUACCCGAGGAGGUACAGGGCUUGAUAUCCACAUAUGAGGGAUCAAGGGGACAAAAUGGCGUAGGUAAAUACGCCUAAAGAACACAGGCUACGCGGUCUGGUAUCUAGAUUAAGACAGGCGGAAAAUAAGAAUACUCUUCACUCCAA